GCACUUUUUAGUCUUUUCGCACUUGCUCUGCCCGCUCAAAUAGUUGCAAGAUGUCGAUGACAGAAAUACUCGGCGCUGAGAACAUCAAGAAGGCAGUGGAGGCCUUUGCCGCUGUUGGCUCUUUCAACCACAAAAAGUUCAUCCAAAUGAUCGGCCUGAAGAACCGGAACCUGGAAGAACUGAGAAAGGUGUUUCACAUCCUGGAUAAAGACAAAAGUGGUUUCAUCGAGGAGGAGGAGCUGAGAUUAUUCCUACAGGGCUUCUCCCAAGAUGCCAGAGAACUAUCUGCUCAAGAAGUCAAGAAGCUGCUGGGCGCUGGAGACAAGGAUGGGGACGGCAAAAUUGGGGCCGAAGAAUUCUCCAUGCUGGUGGCCGAAAGCUAAGAGGCACUGACUGCCCCAGGCCUUUCACCUCUCUGACCCCAACACCCCCUCUCAGCCACCCUUGCUGCCCUCCUGCAGUUCUGUUCAGUUUAUUUAUGUUAUUUUUUUACUCCCUCCCGACCCCUGUGGCCCUGAAAUGACACCAUUCUGCUGGAAA